AUUAACCUGUUUAUUAUUAUUACAAUCAAUACCACCCUCUCUCUCAUUCUUGCUUCAAUCGCAUUCUGACUCCCCCAAAUAAAUCUUUAUUCCGAAAAAGCAAACCCAUAUGAAUGCGGGUUUGACCCAACAAGCUCUGCACGCCUCCCCUUUUCAAUAAAAUUCUUCCUAGUAGCUAUCACAUUCUUACUAUUCGACCUAGAAAUUGCCCUUCUACUCCCCCUUCCAUGAGCAAUUCAAACAGCUAACAUUGCCACAAUAACAGCAACUGCCUUUAUCUUAGUUACUAUCCUAGCUCUCGGCCUUAGCUACGAAUGAACACAAAAAGGACUAGAAUGAACAGAGUAA